GGUUACAUAGAAGGCUGUCAUCCCGACGAAUCGGAGUUGCAUUGUUCUCCGUCAGCAGAUCCGACCGUCUCCGUUCAGGUGUUUCUAGAAAUGGAAUUCUCAAGAAAUAGCAAACGGAGGGCAAUGGAAGAUAACAUUUUUAACUUGCCAGGGGAUGUUUUAAACUGCAUCCUAGAUCACUUGCCUGUUCGAGAUGCAGCAAGAACAAGUAUUCUGUCUAGAAAAUGGAGAUACAUAUGGGCUAAUCACCCAAAUCUUGUACUUGAACCCAAAAGUAUGUUUGGAGAUCUGGCAAACUCUACCAGCGAUGAUUUUAUUGACACUGUCAAUGGAAUUCUCUUACAGCACAUCGGUCCCAUUCUAACUUUUGAAGUUAAGCUUUCAUAUGUGGACAUGACUCAUUACCCAUAUGUCGAUAGAUGGAUUCUUUACUUGUCACGAAAUGGACUGAGGAAACUAACAUUGGAUAAUUCCAGUCAUGGCCUCUAUGCACUCCCCUCUUAUGUAUUCUUGUGUCAAGAACUUACACAUCUGCGUCUGUCUAACUGCAUCUUCAAACGACCCUGUGGUGCUACCGGAAGCUUUCAUAGUCUUAAGAAACUUUCUUUGAAUCAAGUUGCCUUCUCCCCAGAGGUUUCUGCUUCUAUUUUUACUGCCUCAAAGCUACAGCAUUUGAGCUUAACUAAGUGCACUGGUAUAGGUCACUUGAAUUUGAUGGCUGUGUACAAUCACUUCUCAAGUUGGUACUUAAGGAGAAUCAUGGGUAUCACGCGUGCGCAUCUUCUUUUGGCAAUGAGAGUUGAAUCUUUUGACCCUAAUGAGCGGAUCAAUUUAACAAGCCUUUUUGAGCACUGGUCUCAAAUUUCAAAGAUAACUCUGGAUGGACACCAUCUCAAGUGUUUGGCUGCAGACUCUGUUACGAGUGCACUUCCAGUUAAAGUUAACAACUUGAGGGAUCUUUUAUUGUUUGGAAUUAACUUCACCGAUCUGGAUCAUAUCUCUUGCAUUCUUUGCUUGCUUCAUAGCUCUCCGAGGCUGAAUAACCUUGAAAUUCGGGUGAAGGUCUCAGCAGUGACUGCUGACAAAAGCCCUGCUUUACAGUAUUUGCAAGAACAUAUCUGUAUAAACGAACAUAUUAACAGUUUGCAGACCUUGAGGAUCAAAUAUUUCCAGGGGUCAAGUGCUCAAAUGCUUUUCGUAAAGCUCAUACUUGCAUGCUGCCCGUCAUUAGAAAGGAUUACUUUUGUGGAUAGUAAAGUAAACCCAUGGAACAUCCCAGAUAUUUUGAAAAAGUUGUUGCUAUUCCCUAGAGUGUCGACGAAAGCACACAUCGUGUUCUGAAGUUGUGACUAAAAUCAAGUUAAAAGUUUUUGGUUUCUCAAUUUGAAAUCUAGUUUCAAUGAGCAGAAGAGACUUGUUAUUUAUAGGUCCACAGUAGGAUCAAGUUUUUGUCUUUGACUUAUUUGAGCAAGUUGCUAGCAACUUAGCUAGCUAUCACAGCUUUUUGAUGUUUUGUUUGAUUAGUUUUGAAUGGUUUCUCUAAUGCUCAUUGCACAAAAAUGUGAUCUUUCUUGGUGUAA